UCAGUCUCUCUCUCUCAGGGAGCCAAAACCCCUCGGGUAUCUGACACCGUGUGUUUUGUUUCUGUUACUAUGUUCCCCAGGGUGAUUUUGAAGGGAACGAUGAUUAAAAAAUCUCAACAAAAGAAAAGAACAUCGCCGAGCAACUACAAGGAGAGGCUUUUUGUAUUGGACACGCAGGAAUUAAAGUAUUCUGAACGCCGCACAGGGAAAAAGCCGAUGGUGAAAGGUUGCAUUAAGCUGAACACAAUCAAGUGUGCCGAGAUUGUGUUCAGUGAUGUCCCAAUACCAUGCAACUACAAGUACCCUUUUCAGGUUUUUCAUGACAACCACUACCUCUACAUUUUUGCUCCAGAUAAUGAUUGCCGUCAGAGAUGGGUCAGAGCUCUCAAAGAAGAGACGAAGCAUAACAAUUUAGUGGCUAAAUUUCACCCAAACUUCUGGAUGGAUGGGAAAUGGAGAUGUUGCCUACAAACAGAGAAACUGGCAGCAGGUUGCCAUGUGUACGACCCAGUGGGUUAUGCUUCUAAAAAGCCACUUCCUCUCCUUCCCGAUCCAGAGUUGGAAGUUCAUGGUGAGGCACAGAGGACAGUCAUCGCUUUACAAGACUACACGCCGCUGGGAGACGAUGACUUGCCUCUUCAGAAAGACCAGGAGUACAAACUGAUAAACAGCUCACACUCUGAUUGGUGGGCUGUCGAGGAUGACAGAAGGAACAAAGGCUUCGUACCCAGUACAUAUGUAGCCAUAAAGUCUGGAAACAACUUUGAGCGGUUUGGAUGGUACAACAAAAACAUAACCAGAGGGGAAGCCGAGAGUUUGUUAAUGAAAGAGGGAAAAGAAGGUGCGUUCAUGGUGCGUGACUCGAGGCAGGCGGGAGUCUACACCGUGUCAGUCUUCACCAAGGCACCGGGGUCAAAUGGGGAGAAGAACCCGCGUGUGAAACAUUACCAAAUCAGACAGGCAGAAACAGGAGAGGCAACAUAUUACUUGGCAGAGAAGUACCUGUUCGGCACCAUUCCUGAGCUCAUCCUUUAUCACCAACACAAUGCUGCAGGCUUGAUAACCCGUUUGAGACACCCUGUCUCUCUAGAGGGAGGCUGCACCCAGGACAUUGCUGAUACCUCCCAAGCGGAUCAAUGGGAGGUGGACCCCAAGGAGCUGACGCUGGGUCAGGAGUUAGGCAGCGGACAGUUUGGCCUCGUGCUGGAGGGGAGAUGGAUGGAGAGGAAGGUGGCGGUGAAGAUGAUCCGAGAGGAGUGCAUGUCAGACGAGGAGUUUAAAGAGGAAGCCAGAGUCAUGAUGAGGUUGUCUCAUUGUAAGCUCGUCCAGCUGUACGGCGUGUGCACACAGCGCUCCCCCAUGUGUCUGCUGUUUGAGUUCAUGGAGAAGGGCUGCCUGUCAGACUACCUGCGAGCCAAGAAGGGCCGUCUGUCUCAGGACGCCAUGUUGGGGAUGUGUUUGGAUGUCAGUGAGGGGAUGGCGUACCUGGAGAGCUCCAACUUUAUACACAGAGAUCUGGCUGCCAGGAACUGUCUCGUUUCAAAGAACAAUGAGGUGAAGGUGUCUGACUUUGGAAUGACCAGAUUUGUGCUGGAUGAUCAGUACACGAGCUCCCAGUGCUCCAAGUUCCCCGUCAAGUGGUCGGCCCCAGAGGUCAUCAAAUACUCUAAGUUCAGCAGCAAGUCAGAUGUCUGGUCAUUCGGUGUGCUCAUGUGGGAGGUUUUCACCGAGGGCCGCCUCCCUUAUGAGAACCGCACUAACGCUGAAGUGGUCGAGUCCCUGAACUCGGGCCUGAGGCUCCUGAAGCCUCGCCUGGCCCCCGACGCUGUCCACCUGCUCAUGGAGUGGUGCUGGAAGGAGAAACCAGAAGAUCGGCCCUCCUUCGCUCUCCUCCUGCACGAGCUGGCCUCGCUCUCAAACCUGUGAGCCAAGAGAAGAUCUGAAGUGGAUAACAAUAAAUAGCUGUAUUUAUUUUAUUUAUUGAUUGUUGUAUUCCACACAUUAGUUUCUAAAUGUUUGAUGAACGUGAUUACAAAAGACAAGAUGGUGAUUUGCACUUUAUGGGUUUGAUACCUUUGUACACAUUAAGUCUCACACAGUCCACUCACUCAGCGACUCACUGCUUACUGCAGGUUUAUGUUGGGUUCAAUCUGAGAUCUUUGUGUUUAACUACUGAGAAGAUGAUUUUUUUUAACCCUCUGUUAAUAAAUGAAUUCAUUUGAAAAAGGAAGGAAACAUUUCAUCUAUCUGUAGGGUAAAACUAUGCAUCAUGUUGAAGCAAUGUUGAAACAUCAAAACUAUAUAAAGUAUAAGGCACUGGUUUCCAGGAGGUGCAGGGAGGAGAAAGGGGUUUGACUUUCACACGGUGUCUGCAGGGAUUUAUUUGUUAUUUAAAAUCGUCUCUUUCUUUAUUUGAAUACAUUUUGAACAAUUUUUAAAUUGACAAAAAUCCAUUUGUAAAUGUGUUUACAUUGUCAGGGAUAUGUAGGUGUACAGACUCCCUCUGCUGGGAUGGACGAGUACCUACCUGUGUUUGUUUGAGAAGAUUUCCUGUUAAGAAGAGAAUCUGCUGGAAACAUUCGUGUGGCAAUUAAAAUAUAAUUUUGGA